GUCUAAAAAUGUUCAGCUCUACAGACGUGGUCUUUUCAUUGGAUAAUUUGUUUUAUGAAAAACCAAACACAAAACAGAGGUGUCUAGAAAAUGAAAAGCCUCAGGUUUGGCAUAUCGCACCAGCUCCAGCUAUUGCUGAAAUUCCAGCUGCAGAGGAGUUACAGAGGGAACUGGAAGAAGGCUCAGCCAACACCAACAUGGGAAGAAUAAAGCACCAGAAAUCUAUAGACCAAUGUAAGAGUAACAUUGAAGGAGUAAAUAAGUCAGCAGCACCUGUUCCUUUCAGUGCAGCCUCUGAAAAAGAAGUGCUGCUGUUAAGUGUAGGAGAAAGAGAGAAAAUCGGUUUUCAGCACGAAGCUCUGAAAAUGGCUUCAUGGUUUCUCUCUCCUGACCACAAUAAAUCUCAAACAGGAACAGGGGUUUCUCAGCAAGCUGGUGCAAAUUUUUCACAAAAUAAAAUAUUAAGUAAUUUUCCAGAAAACAGUUACGAUGAGAGUGUCCAUUCAGCAUUCAGAAAAAGCUUAUUUAAAGCAUCCAGUUAUACAUACAAAAAUACAGAAUUUAAAGAUGAUUUUAUGGAGGUGAAAGAAAUUGAUACUUCUUCAAAUAGAAGUGAAAACCUGAAAGAAGUAAGAAAAGAAAGUUUGUGGAAAAAUGAUCAAUGUGCUUCAAUAAAAGAUGAUUCAGAUUUUACUCUGAAUAGACUAAAUGAUGUGGACAUUGCAUCUAAAAAUGGAAUGAAAUUAAAAUCGUUUUCUGAUACUGCAGAGAUUCUGAAUAUGACAGGAGCUGCAGGAAGAAAGUUGGAGCUUUUAAGGGCUGUUGCAGAAAUACCAACCCAAUUUAGAAGUAUUUUUAAGGACUUCCCAUAUUUUAACUAUGCACAAUCUAAAGCUUUGGAUGAUCUUCUUUAUACAGAUAGGAAUUUUGUGAUUUGUGCUCCAACUGGCUCUGGAAAAACUGUAAUGUUUGAGCUAGCUAUUACAAGAUUACUCAUGGAAGCCCCACUGCCUUGGUUAAAUAUUAAAGUUGUUUAUAUGGCUCCAAUAAAAGCACUGUGCAGUCAGCGUUUUGAUGAUUGGAAAGAAAAAUUUGGACCUAUAGGACUCAGCUGCAAGGAGCUGACAGGAGAUACAGUGAUGGAUGAUUUAUUUGAAAUACAUAAUGCUCACAUCAUUAUCACUACACCUGAAAAAUGGGACAGCAUGACAAGAAGGUGGAAAGACAACUCUGUAGUCCAGCUUGUAAGACUCUUUCUUAUUGAUGAGGUGCAUGUUAUAAAGGAUGAAAGUCGUGGUGCAACAUUAGAAGUUGUUGUCAGUCGGAUGAAGACUGUUCAGUCUUCUUAUUGGCGUCAUUCAGAAAGUCAUGACACUGUUCCCCCCUUAAGAUUUAUAGCUGUUUCUGCAACAAUCCCAAAUGCUGAAGAUAUUGCAGAAUGGCUUUCAGAUAGUAAGACACCUGCUGUAUGUCUGAAAAUAAGCGAGGAUCAACGACCAGUGAAGCUACGCAAAAUAGUUCUUGGUUUUCCCUGCAGUGACAAUCAGACAGAAUUCAAAUUUGACUUGACUCUGAACUACAAGAUAGCUAGUAUUAUACAAACAUACUCAGAACAAAAACCAGCACUUGUGUUUUGUGCCACAAGAAAAGGAGUACAGCAGGCUGCUUCUGUUCUUGCAAAAGAUGCUAAGUUUUUACUGAGUAUAGAACAGAAACAAAGAUUACAGAGAUCUGCAAAUUCAUUGAAGGAUUCCAGACUGAGAGAUCUUUUCAUUUGUGGUGUGGCUUAUCAUCAUGCGGGCAUGGAGUUACCUGACAGAAAAAUAAUUGAAGGAGCUUUUACUGCAGGAGAUUUACCAGUGCUCUUUACUACUAGUACCUUAGCUAUGGGAGUCAAUCUGCCUGCACAUCUGGUGGUUAUAAAAUCCACAAUGCACUAUGUUGGAGGAGUGUUCCAAGAAUACAGUGAAACUGAUAUUCUGCAAAUGAUUGGGAGAGCAGGAAGGCCUCAGUUUGACACUACAGCUACAGCAGUCAUUAUGACUCGUUGUAGUACAAAGGAAAGGUAUACACAGAUGUUAAAUGGUGCUGAUGUAAUAGAGAGCAGCUUGCACAGACAUCUUGUCGAGCACUUAAAUGCAGAAAUAGUGCUACAUACUGUUACAGAUGUCACUGUAGCUCUGGAAUGGAUACGAUCCACAUUCUUAUAUAUUAGAGCCUUAAAAAACCCAUCUCAUUAUGGUUUUUCAUCUGGAUUGGAUAAAUUGGGAAUUGAAGCAAAAUUACAAGAAUUGUGUUUGAAGAACUUAAAUGAUUUAUCAUCUUUUGAUUUGAUCAGGAUGGAUGAAGCAAAUAAUUUCAAACCAACAGAGACUGGAAGAUUAAUGGCUUGGUAUUAUAUAGCAUUUGGUACAGUGAAACAUUUUUUCACAAUUAAGGGAACAGAGACUUUAAAAGAAUUGAUUACAAUGAUCUCCAACUGUGCAGAAUUUCUGGAUAUCAAGUUAAGAACAAAUGAAAAGAAAAUACUGAACUCUUUGAAUAAAGACAAGGACAAAAUAAGUAUCAGGUUUCCAAUGGAGGGGAAGAUAAAAACAAGAGAAAUGAAAAUAAACUGUCUUAUUCAGGCUCAACUAGGAUGCAUUCCUGUUCAAGACUUUACUUUGACACAAGAUACUGGCAGAAUAUUUAGAAAUGGCUUAAGAGUUACUAGAUGGUUGUCUGACUAUCUGGCAUCAUGUAAGAACAACUUUGCUGCUCUAUUAAACUCUUUAAUUUUAGCAAAGUGUUUCAGGUGCAGACUUUGGGAAAAUUCACUUCAUGUGUCUAAACAAUUGGAAAAAAUUGGUGUGUCACUGUCAAAUGCUAUGGUAAAUGCUGGGCUGACAUCAUUUAAAAAAAUAGAAGAUACAAAUGCAAGGGAACUUGAAUUGAUUUUAAACAGGCAUCCUCCUUUUGGAAAUCAGAUAAAAGAAUCUGUUUUGCACCUUCCAAAAUACGAACUUGACAUUGAACAGCUUCCAAAAUACAGUGAUACAUUGGCUGAAAUCUUAGUAACUGUCAAAUUAACAAACUAUGAGCAGCUACGGACAAAAAGAACAGCAACAGACUUUCACUAUGUUACACUGGUCAUAGGAGAUGCUGACAACCAAGUAAUUUUUAAUCAGAAAAUUAUGGAUUCCAUGCUACUGAAAACUGGAAAUUGGAUGAAGAAAAUCGAAGUAAAAAGAGCUGUUAAAUCAGAGGACAUUAGUAUAAAUUUAAUUAGCUCUGAUUAUGUUGGCCUUGAUAUACAGCAAGGAUAUACAGCCUUUUACUUAACACCAAAAGUAGUGGGAAUUAACGUGGUUACAAAUCAAAAACUGAAAGCUGAGUCUUCGCGUGAUAUGUAUUAUGGCUCAUCACAAAGUCUGCCAGCAGCAAAAGCAGAUACAGGAGGCAAAUCUAAUCAAGAGAGUACUCACAAGAAAUAUGGAAACAGAGAAUGCAACCACCGCUGUAAAAAUAAAGAUGUGUGUGGACAUGACUGCUGUAAAACUGGAGUACUUCCAAAGUCUGAGAUGAAUGGAGAUUCAAAAUUUUCUUCGUACCUAGCUGAUUUAAGGAGCAGGAACUCCAGUUCAUAUGUACCCCCAGUGAAACGGUUAAAGAUGCAGAUGUUAAAUCAAGCUCAAAAUGUGGACCUCAAGCAAUUUGUUUUUACACCUAAAUCUUUGUUACCAGCAGUGGCAAGGUCUAGUAAUGGACAGUUGUCUUCAGCACCUUUAUCACCUUCAGUGGACGAGGUAGAUAAUGGUAAUAGCUUAGAAGUAUCUCCAAAACAACUGCAAACCUGGGAUUAUGCAAAGAGUAAUGCUUUGCAUGUGGACUUUGAACUAAACAGUGAUGUUUGGGAUGAUAUUGAUGAUGACAAAUUAGUAUUUGCUAGCAACUUUGCCACUAGAGAAUUAGAUGAAGAACCAGUGGAUGAACCACUUUGCCAGUAUGUAAGACGUAAAUCUGCAAAUGACAUUUCAAAAAAUUCAUGCACAUUACAAGAUGAGACCAAUAUUCACAACUCAGCUAUUCCUGUGGUUAAUAGCAUAUCAAAAGUGAAUUUACAGAAUGGAGAUAUAAAUACGUUCAGUUUUCAAGAAGAAAGGCAGGCAAGUCUGUCACAAGAGCUGGAAAUCCUACCGUGUCCUUCAGUCUCAAAACUAAUCUCAGACUCUUCUAAAUUCACUAAGAAAGAGGAUUUUUUUAUUCUCACAAAAGAACGUGAAAAAGAAGUGGAUCCAAGGCAUCUUCUUGAUGAUGAAAUCAAUGAUGUCAAGCCAUUUCUUGGAAUAUUUGAUGACAUUUUGUAAAACAGAUGGACAAAAUACAUUGUAAGUGCUGUAGAAAAAAAGUUAGUCAUUUUUACAGUGCAAACCCUUCAACUCCAUUUAAAAGAAUUUGGUUUCUUUUGCUUACCUGUUUGACAACAGCUGAAUUGCUGCACAGAAUCAAUUAAUAAGAACACUGAAUUAAUGGAUUUUAGGUAUAUAUUAUUUUGAAAAAUAUUUGUUUCUUGACCUUGCUGUUUUCAGGAUUACAAAGGAAAAUGUUGGAAUGUGUUAAAGGAGAAUAGCUCUCAAACUGAGGGUGCUUUUAUAGAUUAAGUAAAAACUGGAAAAUGUAAUGGAAGCUGUUUAUUCCAUGCUUUGCUCACAUGUACUUUUUAAAUGGAUGGCAGAUUCUUUCAUCAGAAAUCUAUUAAUGCUUCUUGGUUUUGUCUUUCAGUUUCUUCAAUUCACAAUUUUUCACAGCACUGGUUCAGUAAAAUAAUAUUAUUUACAGUUAAAAGUAGUUACAUAAUUUAUUCCUUUUGACAGUGCUAUCAACUUGUUAAUAACAAAGUGCAACUUCUUUAAAGCAAACGAGUUUCCAGACUCUUGGCAAAGCAGUUAUACAAUGUCUAUAAACAAUACUGUAUUUGUAUUUGUUGUAUUUGGCUGUUCAUUUUGACAUCCGAGGUCAUAAAAUUGGCUCUUAUGUGUCCUAUUAAAAAUUCAGGCAACCAAGCAUUGGAUUUGGAGAUCUUCUUCUAGCUCUAGUGUCUGAAAGUUCAGUAGUUAGAAAAAUGAAUUACAUUCCCUAAAAUCCCAGAGAAUGUUAAUUUUCACUGGUAAUUAUUCAAAAUGUGUGGAAUAAAAAUGUUAAAAUGACAAAGGAAA